AUGGAUCAACAGGGUCAAUCCGGAGUUCCCGGCCCCGCUGGUCGCAAGCUUCAUAUAGCUCAUCGGAGGAGUCCAUCAGAGCUAACUCCCCUCAUGAUGGAACAAUUAGCGAUUCAGCAGCAAAUUGAGCUACUUCAACAGCAACAACAACAAAUCGCUGCUACUCAUCAACAGUAUGUUAACAUGGGACUCCUACAGCCUCAACAGUUGGGUCAGGUUUCAGCGUUCUCUCCUUCACUUCAAGGGGGUGCGUCUAUGGGCGGAGUCUCCCCUCAGAUCAAUUCCUUCCAAUUCCCCCAAAUUGCCCAGCAACAGCUUGGUGUUCCAAUGAACAGCCCCGGCCAACACUCGCAUCGCCGCAACCAGUCCGCCCUCCCUGGCUUGGGCAUGGGACCCCCUCCAGCCCCGUCCUCCGGGGCUUCAGGGUAUUCUGACUACAACCAGCAGCAGGGCAACCAGCCGAAGAACGACAAUGGAGGUCACGGUCGUGGUCGAGGGGGGCCUCCGGGUGGCGGCCACCAGCGACGUCACUCGCUUGCCCUGCCUGAAGCUAAAAAGGCCGCAGAACUCGCUCAGCAGAAAAGAACAGCGUCUGGGUUCCAGUUCCCAGCCCCCGGUGCUGGAACUGAGUCAUCCGAUAAUGCAGCAGGUUCUGACGACAAGUCUACUGCUUCUACGGCACCGGGCCCUCAGGGCCUGGGUCUUCACCGGGCCGGCAACAUUCGAGCUGGCGGUCAUGGUCGGAGCCAAUCUAUGGCUGUGGGCAGCAACCGAGGCUCACUUUCUGGCCGCGGUGCUGGUGGAUUCCAAUUUCCUCCAUCGAACGAGUCAGAAAACCCACGCCGUGGAAGCGGUCAUGCUCGUACUUCAUCUAGGAACUUCGAUGGCAACUGGCGCCAACCAAACAAUCAGAAUCAGGGUCAGGAUCAGCAGAAGAGUUUCGGACAACAGGGCAGUGGUUUCCAGCCUGGCCACCGUGCACGUGCAUCGAUGAAUCAGUCCAUCGGCUCUAUUGGAUCGUUCCAGUAUCCUGGACAGCCACAGCUCAUCCAGUUACCUCAGGGACAGGUUGUCAUGGCCCCGCCGCAGAUGUUUGGCGGCGGUCAGCAGCUGAACCCGUUGCAGCUUGCACAGCUUCAAGCACUUCAGCAAAAUGGCCAGCUUAACGGUCAAGGACUUGGUCUUCAGGCUAGCCAGCACGCCCCUCCUCAGUUGUCUGCCCAGCAGCAGCAACAGCAGCAACAACAACAGCGGAAGACAUUAUUCACCCCAUACCUACCUCAGGCUAACCUGCCCGCUUUGUUGAGCAAUGGCCAACUUGUGGCCGGUAUCCUGCGGGUCAACAAGAAAAAUCGGUCUGAUGCGUAUGUCACAAGUCCUGAUUUGGAUGCUGAUAUCUUCAUCUGUGGCAGCAAAGACAGAAACCGUGCACUUGAGGGUGAUUACGUGGCCAUUGAACUCCUGGAUGUGGAUGAGGUCUGGUCGCAGAAGAGAGAAAAAGAAGAGAAGAAGAAGCGCAAAGACAUUACAGAUGCUAGAGCUGGUAGCAACGCUGGAACUGAUAAGCUCUCCCGUUCUGAUUCUGGCGCAAAUGGAGACCGCCAGGAGAACGAUGAUGUCGAAGUGGAGGGCCAAAGUCUGCUCUUGGUCGAGGAAGACGAGAUCAGCGAUGAACAGAAGCCGCUAUUCGCGGGCCAUGUUGUUGCUGUCAUUGAACGCAUCGCCGGACAGAUGUUUUCGGGCACCCUCGGACUCCUCCGUCCCAGUAGCCAGGCGACGAAGGAGAAACAAGAGGCUGAACGGCUGGCCAGAGACGGCCCCCACGGCCGUUCGCAACAUGAGCGCCAGCAGGAUAAACCGAAGAUUGUCUGGUUUAAGCCCACGGAUAAGCGUGUUCCCCUGAUUGCCAUCCCUACGGAACAGGCGCCCCGCGAUUUCGUCGAGAAGCACCAGGACUACGCCAACCGCAUCUUUGUUGCUUGCAUUAAGCGGUGGCCCAUCACAUCUUUGCAUCCUUUCGGAACCCUUGUUGAGCAGUUGGGUGAAAUGGGUGACUUGAAGGUCGAAACCGAGGCGCUCCUCCGUGACAACAACUUCGGAUCUGAUGAGUUUUCUGAUGCUGUCCUCAAGAGUAUUGGGUGGGAGGAUUGGUCCGUUUCUAGCCAGGGUGAGACUCUCCUCGCCUCUCGGCGAGAUUUCCGUCAAGAAACGACCUUCAGCAUCGUUCCCAGUGGCACCAAGGAGCUCGAGAAUGCUUACCAUUUCAAGCCUCUUGGAGACGGUAAAGUGGAAAUUGGAAUUCAUGUCACCGACAUUGCUCACUUCGUGAAGGGCAAUUCUCUAGUUGACCGCGAGGCAAAGAAACGAGGCACUGCUGUCUAUCUCGUCGACCGACUAGUCAACAUGCUGCCGCGGCGCAUCUCCACCGAGCUCUGCUCUUUGCUUCCUGGAGAGGACCGCCUCACAGUCAGUGUCGUGCUAAAGGCUAAUCCGGAGACGGGUGCUAUUGACGACGAUGUUUGGAUCGGCAAGGGCAUUAUCAAGAGUGCUGGCAGACUGAGCUAUGAGGAGGUUGACGCCGUGGUUCAGGGAGCUGCGGAUCUCUCUGUGCCUGAAAUAAAGGCUGACACCCUUCGAGCACUAUAUGCCAUGGCCUCCAAAUUCCGCGAAGCGAGAUUCGGCAACCGUGUCGCGCGUAUACCUCCUCUGCGACUGCUCCAUCAGAUGGAUGAUGAGAACGUCCCCGUUGAAUACAAUAUCUUCAACUCCUCUCCUGUGCGGGACAUCGUGGAGGAAUUGAGUCACAAAGCAGACUUUUUCGUUGCUCGUAAAUUGGUGGCUGCUUUGCCUGAAAAGGCAUUCCUCCGUCGCCAGCCAUCGCCUAAUGUGCGUCGCCUCCACUCGUUCAUUGAUCGGAUGAACAGGCUUGGAUUUGCCUUGGACUCGACAAGCAGUGGUACCUUGCAGAGCAGUCUUUGCAAGGUUCAGGACGAUGAUUUGCGCAAGGGCAUGGAAACACUCUUUGUUAAGGCUAUGCAGCGUGCCAAAUACUAUGUCGCCGGCAGCGUUCAAGACGAGCAGCGUCAUCACUACACUCUCAACCUGCCAGUUUACACUCAUUUUACCAACCCAUCUCGCCGUUAUGCGGAUAUCAUUGUUCAUCGCCAAUUGGAAUCCAUUCUGUCUAACGGUGCUGUUGAGUUCUCUGACGAUAUUGAGACCCUAAACAAGGCUGCGGACGUCUGCAACAACAAGAAGGACUCCGCGCACAAUGCUCAGGAGCAAAGUGUUCACAUCGAAGCGUGCCGCAACAUGGACAAGAAGAGACAGGAGAUUGGCGGUGACCUCAUCAGUGAGGGUAUUGUCCUUUGCGUCUAUGAGUCCGCUUUUGAUGUCCUCAUUCCGGAGUUUGGCUUUGAGAAGCGUGUCCACUGUGACCAAUUGCCCUUGAAGAAGGCCGAGUUCCGCAAAGACUCCCGUGUCUUGGAACUCUACUGGGAGAAGGGUGUCCCGUCCUCCGCAUACAUCCCUGAGGAUGAACGUCCAAAGCCCGCCAACUCCCGGGCUGCCCAGGCUGCUGCAGCUGCACGUGAGGCAGAAGCUGCGAGAGAGCGUGCUCGUGAGAGGGAGGAGGCUAUGCGAAAGCAGACUGAGACCGGAACUAUCUCCACCAACGACGUGGAUGCCCUGUUCGACGAUGAUGACGAUGACGUCUCCGAGGUCACUGAGAUGGCUGCAGGCGUUUCAUUGAACUCAUCUGCUGAUCGCUCGACCCAGAGCAUGCCGCCUUCCCCUACUCGCAAUGGUCAUCUUCAGCAGUCGCCCCACAGAACCCGUUCUGAUCCCAAGAUUGCAACGCUCAGUGGCGAUGCCCCCGAGGCGAAACUGACCAACAAGGAGAAGUACCUACAGCUCUUCAAGCUCAGGGAAGAGGACGGCGAGUAUAUCCAAGAUGUCACUGAGAUGACCCGGGUCCCCAUCAUCCUGAAGACCGAUUUGUCCAAGAGCCCUCCUUGUCUCACUAUUCGUUCUGUGAACCCCUACGCUCUGUAG